AUGGCAGCUCUCGGUGAGGAUCUGCUCAUCACCGUCAACAAGUUGCAAGACUUGGUCUUCAACACCAUUGGCAAUGACUCCCUCGAUCUCCCCCAGAUUGUCGUCGUUGGCUCCCAAUCUGCUGGCAAAUCUUCCGUCCUAGAAAACAUCGUCGGCCGAGACUUCUUACCACGAGGCAGCGGUAUCUGCACACGGCGUCCAUUGAUUCUACAACUUGUCAAUGUUCAUGACGAUGAGAAUGCGCCCGAUCCCUUGGCCGAUCCUUACCACUCACCCGGCGCAGCCCGCCGUUCUGAAUGGGCCGAGUUUCACCAUAUUCCCAACAGGAGGUUCACUGAUUUCUCCGACGUCAAGCGUGAAAUCGAGAACGAGACAUCCAGGGUCGCUGGUAACAACAAGGGAAUCAACCGCCAGCCUAUCAACCUCAAGAUUUACUCGCCACAUGUCCUGAACUUGACCCUCGUCGAUCUGCCUGGUUUGACCAAGGUCCCCAUUGGUGAUCAACCCAGCGAUAUCGAGAAGCAGACACGCAACCUGAUUUCCGAAUACAUCGCCAAGCCGAACAGUAUUAUCCUCGCUGUCUCCCCAGCCAACGUCGAUCUCGUCAACUCCGAAGCUCUCAAACUUGCCCGCCAUGUCGAUGCCCUCGGUAGACGCACAAUUGGUGUUUUGACCAAGGUUGAUCUUAUGGACCAUGGUACCAAUGCGCUCGACAUUCUCUCUGGCCGCGUUUACCCCCUCAAGCUUGGCUUCAUUGGUGUUGUGAACCGCUCCCAGCAGGAUAUUCAGGGCAACAAGCCCAUGACUGAGGCUCUCAAGGCUGAAGCCGAGUUCUUCAAGCACCACCCUGCCUACCGAAACAUUGCCAAUAGAUGCGGCACCCAUUAUUUAGCCAAGACUCUUAACUCGACGCUCAUGACCCAUAUUCGAGAACGACUUCCAGAUAUUAAAGCUCGCCUCAAUACUCUCAUGGGCCAGACUCAGCAAGAGCUCGCCAGCUACGGUGAUAUGCAUUUCAGCGGCAAGGAGCACCGCGGGUCUCUAAUUCUUCAGCUCAUGACUCGUUUCGCAACUUCUUUCAUUUCGUCUAUUGAUGGUACCUCGUCGGAGAUAUCGACAAAAGAGCUUUGUGGUGGUGCUCGUAUUUAUUACAUCUUCAACUCCGUCUUUGGAAGCUCUCUUGAGUCGGUUGAUCCCACAUCCAACCUCUCCGCACUUGAUAUUAGGACUGCAAUCCGUAACUCCACUGGACCUCGCCCCAGUCUCUUCGUCCCCGAAAUGGCUUUCGAUCUCCUCGUGAAGCCCCAGAUCAAACUCCUUGAGAUUCCUAGCCAGCGCUGCGUUGAGCUAGUUUACGAGGAGCUGAUCAAGAUCUGCCACACGUGCGGAUCUACAGAGCUCUCCCGCUUCCCCCGUCUCCAGGCUAAGCUUAUCGAGACUGUAUCAGAUCUUCUCCGGGAGAGAUUGGGACCCACGUCUCAAUACGUUGAAUCCCUUAUAUCCAUUCAGCGUGCAUAUAUUAACACCAACCACCCCAACUUCCUCGGUGCAGCAGCUGCCAUGAGUAAUGUAGUGAGCGCCAAGCAAGAGAAAGAGCGCAAGAGAUUAAUUCAAGAAGAGCGGGAGCGCCGAGAGAAGCGGAGAUUGAAGGAAAUCGGAGCAAACGGCACAGACGGCGUGGAAGACGAUGAGGAGAACGCGGGUUCAGAGAAGCCCGUGGGCAAUUCUCGCAAAUCCAUCUCCCUGUCGAAGCCACCCCGAAGCCUCUCGCCACCCGUGCUCGCGAACGGCGCGACUAGGCUGAGUGCCGCGCUGAGGGAUGCCGAUGCCCGUUCCGCAUCACCCUCCAGAUUCCACCAGCAGGGCCUCGGAAAUGCUCGAGAUUCAUUCCUGAACUAUUUCUUUGGUAAAGAUGGCAUUCAAGCGACUGCUGCCUCGACACCCCUCCCACAUCGACAGAUCGCACAUGUGGAACCCAUGUCCAUCCGGAGAGAAAGAGAAGAAAACAACAUCCCAUCCAGCCCGAAACUAGGAGAUGAUGAUGUCCCUGCCAAGGGGCUUGCUGCUCACUUCGGCGAAUCUAACGAACCAGCGAUGACUGACCGUGAGGCAAUGGAGACAGAGCUGAUCCGUGCUCUAAUCUCCUCAUAUUUCAACAUUGUCCGCGAGUCCAUCGCCGACCAGGUUCCAAAGGCUGUCAUGCACCUCCUGGUCAACCACUGCAAGGAUGUCGUGCAAAACAGACUUGUCACAGAGCUCUACAAGGAGACUCUCUUCGAGGAGCUCCUGUACGAGGACGACGCCGUGAAGAAGGAGCGCGAGAAGUGCGAAAAACUGCUUUCGACGUACAGAGAGGCCGCCAAGAUCAUUGGCGACGUCGUAUAG